AAUAUGGAGCCAGUUCUGAAUUCACUUGAUGCGAAAAAACAAGCAUGCGAUAUUGAAAAAUCUAAGGAUGAUGGUGAUAAUAGUGUUGAAAUUAUUUCUUAUGGUGCAAUGUUCAGUCCAUACAAGUCUAAGCUUCAACGUCAAUUUAGUGAAGAGGAUCGGAAGUAUGAGAAUCAAAAGAAAAGAUCUAAGAGACUCUCUGAAUGGAAAUGGGUCGAGGUUAUAAAUUUAGAUGAUCCUGAGGACGAUGAGAAAGAAGAUGAAUUAGAUGAUACUGCUGAUUCGAGCACAAACAAGAAAAACGGAUCAAAAAAGUAG